GUGUAGGCCUGCCUAUCUCAGCCCAGUCCUCUUUAAGAAAAGUAUGACGACGGUGUCGUUUCGGCCCUCGUUUCUCUUUCAACGACUAUCGAACGCGGCGCGCAUCGGGUACCGGAGGUGAGAGAUGGAGGGAGAGCCCUACGACGUCGUCCCGUGCUCUUCCGUCGCCGUUGAUUCUAUCCUCCGCAUCGGAACGGCUGGUGCAAUUUGGGGUUUGUGCUCCGCUCCCCACGAGGCUCGUAAACAAGGCCUAGGAGGGGUAGCUCAGGCCGCUUUUGUGGCGAGGUCGGCUAGCUCGUGUGGCUUUCAAUAUGGACUUGUUGCUGGAAUCUGUACUGCUACUCACUGUGGGCUUCAAAGAUAUCGGGGAAAGAGUGACUGGGUUAGUGAGGCUCUUGUAUAUCUGGAAAGAAACCCAUGUUUAGGAAGUCAAUUUGUGAAUGGUCUGAUUGCUGGUGCUGUCGCAGGGGGAGCCAUUGCUGCUAUGACACGAAGCUGGACACAGGUGGUUCCUAUGGCUUGUCUGGUUUCUGCCUUCAAAGUUGCCACUGACUAUGCUAGAACAACUUGAAAUACCUCUCGGUGGAAAACUGUGGCAGAGGAAGAUAUUUGACCAAGGAUGAAAGCCUUUCAAUUGAUACGCCCUCUUCAUCCUUUGAAUUCUGGGUGAAACUAAACCAGGUGAGCAUUGUAGAUGAUGAUACCCUGCUUCUCCGAAAACAGAGACAAAAACAAAAACAAAAAAAGUAAAGGAAAGAAGUAGGGCAAAAUUUAUGUUUUCGAAUAGUCAAAUUCAAGUGUAGCAAAAUCUCCGUUUAUUUGUGAUUGCAUGAAAGUGACAGCAUCUACUCUGCAUAGGCAGUAGGUUACAUACCAUCUCAAAAAAAAGAAGUGGACAAUGACAAUGUGUUCGCCCUUGUUGAUUUUGUUUAA